UUAGCUCGUAAUGUGUGAUGUGAGUUAGCCAGUGGAGUAAAUGGACACAGCGAGCACUCCGCCUGCUGUAGCUAACUGUGGUUAAACACAGGCGGUAAACACUGUGCUGUGUCUCUGCUGUUCACAGUGCAAGCAUGAAUGUUCGCACAGGAAGUGGAGACAGUCUUCUUUGUUUCUUUUCUGGUUAAACUGCAGCCAGUUUUUAGGGCACGGGGGUCGGGCGCGCUUUUUUUUCCCUCAACUCCCCGGCUGUGUUCCUCUGCCAGAGCAACUCGUCUGUGUCAACCCUCCCUCGGGAAUUCGAGCCCAGGAGGUUCAGCAGGUUCCGAUGACCAUGAUUUCGACCCAUCAGCGGACAUGCUUGUUCACGACUUCGACGACGAACGCACCCUGGAGGAAGAGGAAAUUCUGGAGGCGGCAGACGAGACCAAUGAAAAUGAAAUCGAAGAUCUUGCGCGAGAGGGAGAGAUGCCCAUUCAUGAGCUGCUGAAUCUAUAUGGAUAUGGAGGCGGUUCACCAGCAGAUGAGGAUGAAGAGGAGGAGGAAGAAGCAGAAGAAGAAGAGGACGAUGAUGAUGAAGAGGAUGAGGAAGAGGACCUAGACAAUGAUGAAAGCAGCAGAAGUACUGGCAAGUUGAAAAGAAAUGAGGGUGAGGGUGUUAAGAACUCGUCAGGACAGGGGGAUGAGGCCCAGGCGACCUCUGAGGGUCGCACGCGCUCAGUCAGGUCCCUCGGCACAGCGGAUCUUAUUCGCCCCCAGAAGCUCAAGUACUUUGAAAGUAAUAAUGAUGCAGAGGAGGAGUCAGAUGAAGAUGAGGACUAUGUUCCAUCUGAAGACUGGAAAAAGGAAAUCAUGGUGGGUUCCAUGUAUCAAGCAGAAACUCCUGUUGGCCUGUGUAAAUAUAAAGACAAUGAAAAAGUUUAUGAAAAUGAUGACCAGCUGUUGUGGAACCCCGAGUGUCUUCCUGAAGGCAAAGUGGUGGAGUUCUUGACGGAGGCAUCAAGGCGGACGGGAGAGGAGAAGGGAGUGGAUGCAAUCCCAGAGGGAUCCCAUAUCAAAGACAAUGAACAGGCAUUGUAUGAGCUGGUGAAAUGUGACUUUGACACAGAGGAAGCUUUAAGAAGACUUAGAUUUAAUGUAAAAGCAGCCAGAGAGGAGCUAUCGGUCUGGACUGAAGAGGAAUGUAGAAAUUUUGAACAAGGACUAAAAGCUUAUGGGAAAGACUUUCAUUUAAUACAGGCCAACAAGGUGAGAACUAGGUCUGUAGGAGAAUGUGUGGCCUUUUAUUACAUGUGGAAGAAGUCUGAGCGUUAUGAUUUCUUUGCACAGCAAACCAGACUUGGGAAAAGGAAAUACAACCUUCACCCUGGUGUCACAGACUACAUGGACAGAUUACUGGACGAGACGGAGAGCGCAACGUCCAGCAGGGCGGCGUCACCUCCUCCCACCACCUCCAGCAGCAGCGCCAGCCACUCAGAGAGAGAAGACAGCAGCAGUCAGAACGGUAUUGCAAGCCACAAUUCAAGCCACCCGGUGGACAGCACUCAGACGCCCCCAGCUAAUCAAGUCAAACCUGAGUCAGUUCAGUCCAACGGUCCCUCCCAUCCAGUUGUGGAAGUUCCUCCUCCCAUUCCAGACAGCAACUCCAACGGCUGCAGCCAACCCAGCGCACCUAGCCACGACCGAAAUGGUUCCCUAGAGCCUCCGCUGGAUCACAGAGACACAGCAACAGCACACGAAAGGCCGGCCAAGAGAUGCAGGACUGAGGCGGAACCGUUGGGCCAAAGUGAGGUGGAACCAUCCAGAACGCAGGAGAACUGAAGGACCCAGAGCUCAGUGAUGUUGACUAAUAGACGCUGAAUUGGGGUGACAGAUGUAGUCCCAGCUUCCCCUCUUACGGGUAGAGGUAAUGAGGAAGAUAAGCCCCUCUUGGGGCAGUAUCUCCUGAGAGCAAACUUUUUAAUAAAGUCAAAGGUCACUGAAAGCCACACCUUAAAGAACACAGCCAACCAAACCGCAGCUGGUCCUCCAGGAGGGGCGCCCCGUCCCUCCCAACCCAUCCAUGUACUGACUGCCUGCAAAGCUCAUCCCAAAGUACCACAGCUCCAUCGUGUCCUACAAAACAACUUCGACCCAUCAUCCAUUUCUGGAGACUGACUGACAAAAUUUUUGCCAAGAAUUUCCUUUUUUUUUUCUAUUUGUACUCAAAGAAAAGAAAUCACCCGUGAAUAUUUUUUUACACAAGAGAUAUUUAUAUUUUUUAACAGAAGAAAAACUAUGAUGGGUAAUUGCUGUUCAAGCCAUUUGAACGUUUGACAAAAACAGGGGACAUGUUUUAAAUGAUUACGUGCUUAAGUUGUCAAAAAGAGGCUAACACGAGAUGAGUGAGGCGGGUGCUGUCGCUGGUCCUCUUUAGUUGCACUUUGAUUGUAUGUUUCUCAUCUGUACUGAUAAGGAGUGUUUGUCGAAACCCAGCAGAAUUACAUUUUCACUUCCGAACCCGCUCUAGCCUCUGUCACUGUUUAAUUCUAAUGAAUAAACCAACGGGUUAGUCCCCCUGCAGGUUUGUUUGUGUAAAGCAGCUGACAUCAGUGAUGUCCUGUAUUAUAACUCAUCAUGUAGAAGAUCGCUGUAUUUUUGGAUUUUCAUGGUCAGUGCUUUGCUCAACGCUUUGUUUUUACUAGACAGAAUGUCCGUGAUUUUUAAUGUAAAAUUUGUAUAGAUUUCUUACCUUGAGCAGUUGGUACAUUUUUUAUAACUGUCUGUUCACCUCUGUAUUUUCUGGUCUUCCUCGUAGGCUGUGCUUUUUGUUGAGAAAUCUUUCGCCUGUGUUGCUUUUGAGAUGGAUGUAAUGAAAAAGUAGCCAUUCCUCUUUUUUCCUCUCUGUUCGGCAGCACUUCCCAUUCCUGUGUGACCCUGCUCAGUCUGAAAUGUUUGUUGCAGAGGGCCUCAUCUUUUGUGCGUUUAAAACAAAAAGAAAAAAAGCCUCAUGUCGUGGUCGAGUGUGCUCCUUGCCUUUGGUUUAAAACCUCUGCUUACUCAAAGUGCAUAGUUCCACCCAAUAUUGACUGUGUUUGGUCAGAGCAGUGGAUUUCUAGCAGACCAGGUUGACAUGGGGUUGUGAGCUGGAAGACCGUUAUUUGUUUUGGUACCGUAGCUGUUGAGCUUAUUGCUUAAGUGUUUUACUUUGUACUCCAGCUUUGAACUUUACAUUCACAAAUUUAAGAUAAGUUUGUCUCAAAUAAUGUUGAUCCAUGUAGUCUUUUUCGUUCCCUUUGUUGACAAUGAUGUCCUGUUUUUUUGUUUUGUUUUUUUUCCCUCUGUAAAUGACGACAUUAAUAAAAAUGAAGUGUAUUCCAAGACUGGUUAUGAAUGGAAUAACAUUGGCUAUAUUUAAUAAAUGUAUUAAUGAGUCUGA